AGUGCCACCUAGUGGACGAGCUGCAUGGAGACUCCCAGACGGACGGUUUGUGUCUGCCCAACAUCUUCAGGUCCAAAAAAGUGAAGCCAUUCACCCGGAUUCAGACUGGUCCCACCUACCAGGUUUACUACACAGCCAGAGAGCUCCUGCUGGAAGUGCUGGACAGAGGAGCCGUCCGGGAGCUGGUCAGGAGAGCUGCUGGUGUGAAGACAAGAGCUAAGCAUCAGAGCAAGGAGCAGAGCACAGAUCUCUCUGAGGAGGAGUAUGCCGAGGCGUUAACAUGGUUCUCUAUUGUUCUACAGAGCGGUCUGUCUGUGGGCGAGAACUGCAGCUUUGGCUCUGAGUUGACCCUGAAGCUGGAGGGAUGGCAGGGUGUCCUGAAAAGAAACAGCUUCCAGACCAGCCUCCUGUCUCUGACCAGGCUGGAGGAUGCAGAAAAGUUGGAGACCAUCUCUGCUUUCUGUGGCUACUUGACCAGGCGCUACCAGACCUUAUACACACCUGGUCAGAACUUGGCUGUGAAGAAAUACAGACUUUCCUACCAACAGACUCCUUGCUCUCUCUAUCUUGCCGUUCUCUGUGACAUGAGCUCAGGCUUCAUCUGUAACAUGUACCUGUACUGUCCAGAGCAGCUCCUGAGGCGCAGUAGGAAACCUGUUGUUGAGCAGGUAGUGGACCACCUGCUGACACCUUUCUGCAGCCACAGGCACCUGAUUCAGUUGGACAGUUCUGCUUGGAUGGAGGGAAAACUCACAGACAUCUUCUCUAACUUAGGGGUCAAUAUUCAUUUUGUUCCAUCUGUUAAAGAGACAGUCACAGAGUCAACAUCUUCUUCAUCUCCACCAGUCAAGUCAAAGCACCAACGGACAUCUGAAGACUCACUGUCCCAAUUUGUAGCUCAUCUGCAGGGCUGGACUGGACCUGCUCUGUUCCUUCUGUCAGACCUAAAAGGAUCAGCAGUAGACAUGUUUCUCCCUGGUCUCUGGGUGACGCUACACGCGAUCUGCAUCAACACAUUUGUGCUGCACACUCUGCAGAGCUCAGGUAGGCAGGUCCACCUGACGGAGUUUACCAGAACUCUGGCCUCUCAGCUGGCCGUGGACAACAGUGUGACCGUGCCCAUCCUGCCUCGGCUAAACAGCAGCUCAUACCCAGAGACAAGCGUAACAAACCUUCCUAAGCAAAGGAAAGAUAGCAGUGGUCAAGUGAUGGAGAAUGACAAACAAGGCUGCAGCUCUGCAAUGAGUCUGCAGGUGUGGAACACUCCAGGCGUGUGUGGUUUGGACAACUCUGGAAACUCGUGCUACUUAAAUGCUGUGUUUCAGUGUCUGUGUUCCACCGUGCCCCUAGUGGAGAACCUCCUCAAUCAGGAUAUUCGGACAGAGCUGGCACGGUCUAAGUGCCGGGUGGCCUUGGUGUUUGUCCGCCUGCUGGAGGAGAUGUGGCUGGGAAAAAGCUCCAGCUGUGCCCCUGUGGAGGCCAGGACUGUGCUGUGCUCCAUCUUCCCCCAGUUCAACAACCACUCCCAGCAGGACGCCCAAGAACUGCUGCUCUUCCUCCUCAAUGCACUCCAUGAUGACCUUAAAAAGGUUGGGAGGCGUCAGAUGCGCUCCUCAAUAAAACAGCUGAGGAAAGACCAGAACAGAAACUGUGCCACGGCGGUGACAGAGUCCACCAUCGUCUCAAAUCUGUUUGAGGGCCAGCUGGGCUACAUGACCCUCUGCAUGCACUGCGAUCACCAGGCACACAGCGCACAGACCUUCACUGUGCUGUCCUUACCAAUUCCUACAGACACCAUCAAGUGCUCCAUUCAGGACUGCUUGUCUCUGUUCUUUGAGCAGACUAUGCUGACUGGAGGAGAGCAGAUGCUGUGUUCAGCGUGUGGGCUGAGGAGAGAAACAGCCGUCAUAACUACUUUGGACAAAACCCCUGAAAUACUAAUGCUGCACCUGAAACGGUUUGGUUGUAAGGGGAAAAACCAGGUGAAACUGAGGACAAACGUUGUGUUCUCCAUGAAGCUUGAUCUCAGCCCGUUUCUAUCCAGCUCAGCACAGAACACCUCAUGUUCCUCAUACCGUCUGUACGCUGUUGUGAACCAUACAGGUCAUCUGAACAUGGGUCACUACACAGCUCUGUGCCGCAACGCCCUGUUGCGCACCUGGCACUGUUUUGACGACUCAGCGGUCAGAGAGGUACAGGACAGCCUUGUGCAAUCUGCAAAUGCCUACAUGCUGCUCUACAGCCGCAAACCCUUCCAAAAGCCAAAGAUCCAUGGACUCUGAGCUCUCUAACCACAAGGCUUAAUCCAUGACGGGACUGGCUUUCUGCCCAUUUCCCCUGAGUUUGAAUCUGCUCCUCAGCACAGGCAACAUCUCUGAUGUUUAU